AUGGCAGGAGACGCAGAAGACCGCGCCGCGCUCGUCAACCGACAGCUCCCAGAGAUGACCCUGUCGACUGCAGACAACCCCCUUACAGCACCCAAGCCACCACCAGAGAACCUUUCCACCGCAGAGAGAGCGCAGUAUAGGUUCCAGGUCAAGGGCAAUGCGAUCAUCACCGGCGGCGCCGGGACCCUCGCCCUCGAAGCCGCAGCCGCCCUUCUCGAACACGGCGCCACGGGCCUCGCCCUCUGGGACAUGAACCCCGACCAAGCCUUCGAAAGCGUCAAGACCCUGCACUCCAAGUUCCCCCACGCGCGCAUCAUAACCGAAGCAGUCGACAAAGCAGCGUCAAAGUACUAG